ACGGCAGGUAGACUGAUAGUGUGGGACAAUGACCGCUAUCGUUUCAUGUAACUACGUAUAUCUUAGAUAAUGGAUAUCGACAAUUAUAAGAAGCUAUAUCUAUAUAUAGUAACAUAUAAUCAUAAAGUUGACAUAUACCACCACUAGGUAUACGCUCAUGGCGCCUUACAAAGAAUGUCCACACCCACACUCCAUUCAUUUGAAAAAUUGUAAUCCAGGUUGCAACUGCUCCUGUGUACACCACAGUUCCAGUCACAGAGCGGAGCGAAUACAGUUUUUUUUGGCAUAUGCUUAUCAGGUAGCCUGCCUAAUGCCUCUUUGAAAAACCACAAUGAGUUCACAGGCCGUUAAAGUAUGGCCUUGCGUGAAAGCACGCAUUGUGAGACGUAGCAAACAUGAAGUGUGUAGCGAGGAAGAGAUAGAUCACGGACUCGCACAAUGACUACACACCGUGCAGCUCUCACCGUCAGCCAUGACACGAGUGUAGUUACGUCCCCUGUCACUUCAUGUGCCGCUAUGGCAGACGACGAGCACCCUGCGGUCACCAACUUUCGCACCUAUCUACAGAUCAACACAGCUCAGCCUUGUCCAGACUAUGGGGAAGCUUUGAUGUUUUUUGAGGCCAUGGCAGCAGAGAUUGGUCUAGAGUACAGAGUUGUUCAUCUUGUGGCAGGCAAGUCUGUAGCAAUACUGUCUUUGCCAGGACAGCAGCCAGACUUGCCCUCAAUUAUGCUGUAUUCCCACAUUGAUGUUGUGCCUGUCUACCCAGAGCACUGGAAGUAUCCCCCCUUCAGUGCCUAUAAGGAUGAGAAUGGUGACAUCUAUGCCAGAGGGUCUCAGGACAUGAAAUGCGUUGGAAUUCAGUAUCUGGAAGCUGUGAGAAGCCUAAUGCAGCAAGGCAUACAGCUUCAGAGGACUGUCCACAUUGUGUUUGGUCCUGAUGAAGAGAUUGGUGCUAAGGAAGGUAUGGAGUUGUUUGUUGAACAUGAAGAAUUCAAAAAACUCAACACUGGUUUUGCACUUGACGAAGGUCUGGCAAGUCCCACAGAUGUUUUUAGAGUUUUCUACUCUCAGCGUUGUGUAUGGUGGUUCAGUGUAACCUUCACAGGUCAGCCUGGACAUGGGUCAGCCUUCAUCGAAGACACGGCUGUAUCAAAACUGAACAAGUUGAUGAAUAGGACACUUAAGUUUCGUGCUGAACAGGAGGCUAAGUUGAAGGCAGACCCUUCACUGACACUUGGUGAUGUGACCACUCUAAACAUCAACAUAUUAAAGGGUGGUGUGCAGUACAACGUAGUUCCUGCUGAAAUGACUGCAGGGUUUGAUAUGAGGGUCCCCCCUACAGCAAACUUGGAGCAGCUUGAAGCCGAGAUUAAAAGCUGGUGUCAAGAGGCAGGCGCAGAGUAUACCUUGGAAUGGACCCAGCAAGGCGAGGAUCAGGACAUGACAUCAACAGAAGACUCCAACGUCUGGUGGUCAGCCUUCAGUAAGGCGUGUCAGGCCUUGAACCUGAAGAUAAAGAAGGAGAUUUUCCCGGCAGGAUCGGACGGCCGAUAUUUAAGAAAGCUGGGCAUACCUGUCUUGGGCUUUUCACCGAUGAUCAACACACCAGUCCUGCUUCAUGAUCACAAUGAAUACCUUAAUGAGCAAGUGUUCUUAAAUGGUAUCAGGGUGUACGAAAAAAUAAUUUCCUCUCUAGCCAAUGUAAUUGAGGUCGAGAACUAGCAACUGGCUUGUCCUCGAUCAUAGUAGAGAGAAACAUCAGGUAAAAAA